AUGAAGAGGCAAUUAGUGGACAAGAAAGGAGACAAAUGCUGGCCUGUUUCUUCCUUCCUCAAUCAUCGGAGUUGUUUCCAGCCCUUAAAGCAUCCUUGUCACCAGGAGACGGACAGUCAUCUCCUGACAGGCCAUGUCUGUCAGUAUCAGUCUGGAGCCAAAGAAAAGCUCUGGUCUCACAGCCAGAAGAUCCUGGUGCCAGCUCUACUCUGCCUGGACUCCCUGUUUGUACCCAGGUCUCCCUCGGGAGUUGGGCACCCCGACCCGGGCCGGAGCGCCACGCCCGCGGUGCCCCCUCCGCCGGCCGCCCACCGCCUCUCCGUGUCCGCAGGCGGCUUCUGCAUCCCGCUGUACAUCCCUUACGUCCUGACCGGGGAGUGGAAAUUCGGGAAGGGGCUGUGUAAAUUGUGGCUGGUGACGGAUUACCUGGUGUGCACCGCCUCGGUCUUCAACAUCGUCCUCAUCAGCUACGACAGGUUCAUCUCCGUCACCAGGGCGGUGACUUACAGGGCUCAGAAGGACAUGACCAGGAAUGCCGUCUUCAAGAUGGUGCUGGUGUGGGUAGCAGCGUUCCUCCUCUACGGGCCUGCCAUCAUCAGCUGGGAGUAUGUAGCCAAAAGAAGCAUUCUGCCCCGGGGGCAGUGCUAUGCUGAGUUCUUCUACAACUGGUACUUCCUAAUGACAGCCUCGAUCAUCGAAUUCUUCACCCCCUUCAUCAGUGUCACUUACUUCAACUUGAGCAUCUAUAUCAACAUUCAGAAGCGCACCUCCCUGAGGAAUGACAACAUUGCCCAUGGCCAAGACGGCUGGGAGAUGGACUUCCAGGGGAGAAAAAAGAAACACAUAUUUUUUGUUAAAGCAGCUAAUAGGAGGAGCAGGAAGAGAAGAGACCAGGGCCUCAACCCCAGGCACAAGGGUCUUUCAUUUGAUGUCCCUGGGACUCAAGAUUUACCAUCUCUGCAGGUGGAUCUUAGAGCCAAAGCAGCACGGCGAAGGCAGAACCACUACAGGGCCAGUGAGAGUGUCUGCAAUGCCCAGAAGCAGCAGGACCUUGCCAGCACUGUAGUCAGCCACCUGCGGCUCUCCAGGGAUAAGCGAGUGGCCAAGUCGCUGGCCAUCAUCGUAUGUGUGUUUGGCCUGUGCUGGGCUCCCUACACUUUGCUCAUGAUCAUCCGAGCUGCCUGCCACGGGACGUGCAUCCAGCACUCACUCUAUGAGACAUCCUUCUGGCUCCUCUGGCUGAAUUCGGCUAUCAACCCUAUUCUGUACCCACUCUGCCACAUGAGUUUCAGAAAAGCAUUCAUCAAAUUGCUGUGCCCUGGAAAGGCCAAGAUCCACCCUCAUAUGUACAUAUGACAGCAUUGCCUCAUACCAGAUCACCUAAACCCCUUAUACUCCAUGAAGGAAAGACAGGCACAAACAUGUCACUAGGCCACUGCCACCCACUUCACCUUAGUCUUUGCCACAAGGAACACAUGGAACCCAUAUAAGAAACAAGUGAAGCAAGUUCCCGCAGGUAUCUCUAAAAUGUCUAUGGGAUUGUUGCAUAGAGCUUUGUUACUCAAAGAGUGAUCCCUGGAGCAGCAGCAUGGGGAUACCCUCGGGGGCUUCUUAGAAAUGUGGAAUCUGGGCUGGCUGGUUGGCUCCAUUGGUUACAGCGUGAUACUGAGUUAUAACACCAAGGUCAUGGGUAUCCCCAUACCAGCCAGCUCCAAAAAAAAAAAAAAAAAAUGUGUAAUCACUGACCCCACCCCAGGUCCACUGAAUUCCAGAGCCUGCAUUUUAACAAGAUCCCCAUGCCAUUUGUAUAUUUUUAAAAGUAUGAGAAGCAUUGGUCCAGGGGAUGUGUCUAGAAGGAUAAAAAUGGUUGAGAAAAAUAUUGUAAUCCCCAUCUCCUUUGUAGACAUCCUAUUUAAGGCUUAAAAUCACUGCUGAUGACAUUUAUGUUAAUUUUACCAAAUUUGUACACAUCUUAUCAACCCAUUUUAUUCCUUGAUAACGUUCACCAGUUUAAAUAUAUUCAACCCUUUUCUUUGUAGUAGUAUAUGAGAGUAUUCCACUACCUUUGUGUAUAUAGUUAAAGAUAAUAACGCUUGAAAAAAGAAACAUACCAGGCCAAUUAUAUAUUUUACAUUUACAAAAACAUACCAGUCAAACAUGCUUCUUUCAUGUGGAGUAGCAUUUAUAAAGCAAAUGUAAUAUGUGGAGUAUACUAACAUUUAUAAAGCAAAUGUAAA